GGUUUAAUACCACGGUGGCAUGUAACAUAAUGCUAAAAAAUUAAAGAAAACACUGUUUUGGGUUUCAUAACUGAAAAUAAUGUUGGAACGUGUGUUAAUUUAAGAUAUUGUGUACAAAGUUAUGUUGUAUGUAGUGCAAUUGUGUUGUGCAGAGAAAUAUUCAGUUCUGCUAGUCGAGGGUAACGGGAUUGUGUGAACUCUUGUCUGUCACGCCUACGUACAACCAACUACAACUUACAAAGCCUUUGAAACCAGGAUAUAAAGAUAUGAAUUUACUCUGACGGUGGUAGUACAAGAUGACGUCACGAUGGCUCUCCGUGGUACUCUGGGCAGCUGCCUGCUUCCGAUUAGUAUAUCUGAAAGGAUUGCCAGUGUUCGUACAAGACAUGGACAACUUGGCACUGUCGGAAAGUACAGCUGUCGGUGACGUGGUCUACACUCUGCUGGGAACUGAUCCUAAUGGGCUGCCGAUCAAAUACGGUCUAGCGGGAACGGAUAAGUUUGCCGUUAACACGAAAACCGGUGAGGUGACGCUCGUGCACCCGUUGGACAGAGAGAAAGAAGACACAAUAAAGUUCCUGGUGGUGAUUGAGAGCCUGGAUCCUACUGCGGACAUCAACCUGGUGCAGACCCAGCCAGUCAACGUCAUCGUGCUAGAUGAGAACGACAACCCACCCACCUUCAAAAAUAGUCCAUACGAAGUGGACGUGCCGGAAGACCAGGCCAUCGGGACCACGAUACUGAAGAAUAUAGAGGUCGAAGAUGUGGAUUCAGUCGGUGAUAGCCUUGAGGUGGAAUGCGCCGCAAAUCAGCAGUGGCCCGACGCCUGCGAGUACUUCAAAGUAGUUGGUAUCAAUUCAACAGCCAACCUGUACACUGGGGCAUUAGUACUGACUCGUCAACUCGACUACAACGACAAACAGUUCUAUCAGUUCCAACUUCAUGCAACGGAUGGGACACUAAACUCCUCAGCACCUGUCGAAGUAAAGGUAGUAGAUGUUCAGAAUAGUCCCCCAGUAUUCAGCGGCUCUCUAAGUGCCUCUCUGUCUGAAGAUGCUCCUGUAGGGACAGUGGCCUUGCUGGUGAAGGCACGGGACGCAGAUCGUGCACAGCCCAGGGAUGUGCACUUAGAACUUAUCACGAAUCCGUUGGAUUUUUUCUGGCUGGAUAGCAAGACGGGAGAACUAAAGACAGCCAAACCACUUGACAGAGAAGCUUUAGCAGAUCCAUCGUCUCCUCUCAACCUCACCGUCAGAGCAAGUGAGAUAGUCAAUGGAAGCCCGGUGGUGUCGAACAUCACAUCAUCUGUUGCUAGCGUCACCAUCACCAUCAAGGACGUAAACGACGAGCCUCCUCGGUUCAACCGGCGCGAAUACAGCGUGGAUGUGCCAGAGAACCUUCCCCUGGGGACGCCACUACCGGACCUCGACAUGCUCGUCUACGACACUGAUCUGGGUCUCAACUCAGUAUUCAGUCUGCGUUUAUCUGACGAGAUGGGAGCUUUCAUUGUAGAACCAAACAUAGCCACGGGAAGUGCAACUGUUACACUACGACUUAACUCUACCCUGGACUACGAAGAUCCUAACCAGAGGAAGUUUAUAUUGGAGGUGAUAGCCGAAGAAGUUCACACAUCACCGAAGUUGUCGUCGAAAGCAAGUGUCACCGUAUCCCUGACAGAUGUCAACGAUAACGCUCCCGUGUUCACCGAUCAGCCGUACUCGGCCAGUGUGCCUGAGAGGUCCGCCGCAGGGCACAGUGUCGCUGUUAUUAGAGCUACCGACCGAGACACUGGCAGAUUUGGAACAGAAGGUAUCGUAUACCAGCUGUCCGGUAAUGGUGCGGAAUUAUUCCACGUGGACAACCGGAGCGGAGUUAUAACAGUUGCGGAAUGUUCCAUGCCAGGGACUGAGCCGUGCCUGGACUAUGAGACUAGGAAGGAUUACUUUUUGCAAUACAAGGCCACAGAUGAUGACGGUGCUGGUCAGAUGACGGUAGUCUCUUUACACGUGUCGGUGUUGGAUUCUAACGACAACGCGCCCGUUUUCUCCACGCGCGUCUAUAAGGCGUCCAUAGACGAGGACGCUACGAAGUUUGAACCAGAGCUUCAGGUUCAAGCGCGGGAUGUCGACACAACAUCGGACAUUCGCUACUCAAUCAUAGAGCCUGCAACACAUCCAUUCUGGAUAGAUCCUCUCACCGGUCGGAUAUCCGUGCGACCGGAAACCGGUGGCGUUCACUCUACAGACGAAAACCGGAUAAUACUUACUGUUAUGGCCAGUGACGGUGUCCAUAACGCGACGUGCCGAGUCGAGAUAAAUAUACGAGACGUGAAUAACCACGCGCCCGUGUUCGACACGGACCGGUACGAGGCAAACAUACCAGAGGAUGUCGCAGUCGGUACACUGGUGGCAAAUGUCCAUGCUACAGACUUGGACAGUGGCAUAAACUCUGAAAUCAAAUACAGCAUUCAGAAGGGUGCCAUAGACUCAUUCUCUGUGGACAACGCAACAGGAUUAGUGCUAGUAUCUUCUAAAUUGGACUUUGACAAGAGAAACACUUAUAGGAUACAGAUUGUGGCCACUGAUAUGGGAAUUCCAAGCCUCACUGGCACAACAGAGCUAGUGGUUCACGUCACCAACGUUAACGAUAAGAAGCCAUACUUCACUCCACCGGUCCAACGUGCUGAAGUUUCCGCAGAUGCUGAUAUUGGCACUCAAGUACACACUCUUGUGGCAGUUGAUCCUGAUAUCCUAGAUAACGGAAUGUUGGUUUACGAGUUAGAUACAGGGAGGAGCAUUAAAGCUGUAGAUAAGAAUGGAAAAGAGGUGGCAGACCCUAGUACGUUCAGCAACUGGUUGACGGUGAUGUCUAACGGCAGUGUGACCGUCUCACAGCAAUUGAACAGAGAGCAGGCCGCAGUGCUCACUCUGCCCGUUGCUGUCACCGAUGCUUCAGCACAGAGCCUGCAGAGAACUGAAGGCGAACUUAUAAUCAAUAUAGUGGAUGUGAAUCGCUAUGCUCCAGUGUUCACUCAACCCGCAUACGUAGAGAGAAUCAUCGAGGAGCAGCCAGUGGGAUCGAUUCUGGGCACGUACACUGCUACUGAUAAGGAGACCCCUAUAUCAGCUAUCAUUAUCUAUCCGCCGAGCCCUUACUUCACCAUCGAUAAUGUUACUGGAGUGGUAAAGACAAGUCAGCGAAUCGACUACGAAAAGACGCAUUCAAUAAACUUCACACUGGUGGCAAUGGACUCCGGAGUGCCGCAGCUGUCGACAUCAGCAGGCGUGCUCGUUGAAGUCGCUAACAUCAACGACGAGCAGCCGGAGUUCGAUGCGAAUGGGUACGAAGCGAGCGUGGACGAGCAUUCACCGGUGGGGACCACUGUUCUGGCUGUGCAUGCCACGGAUAACGAUGAAGGUGAAUUCGGCGAAGUACGUUACAGCUUGACAGGUGGUCAUUCGCUGUUCACAAUCAAUGAAGAUACUGGAGUGAUCACAGUAAGCGGUGAUAUAGACCGGGAGAUCACAAGCGAGGUAUAUUUACGCGCUGUAGCCAUGGACCAGGCGCCGCCACACCUCAACAAGUCCACAAGUGUCCCAGUACAUAUCAAAAUAGUUGACAUAAACGAUAGCCCGCCAGUGUUCAGUCAGAAGGUGUACAAGAGUACGAUCGCUGAAAAUCUGCAGCUGAACCCACCUGCCACCAUCCUGCAGGUUUUGGCCGAGGAUGCUGACCUGGGGGAUAACGGAAGACUGGAGUAUGCAAUUGUGGACCAAAGUGUACCAGGCACGUUCACUGUGGACCCAACUAGCGGUAUAAUCUACCCCUCGAAACCCGUGGCAGGCAACACUACGUAUUCAUUGACCGUGACUGCGACGGAUGGCGGAGGACGCGGGCCCCAUACGGACAUCGCCCGCGUCGACAUUUCCGUACUCAGCAUCAACCGACAUAGCCCUGUGUUCGUGCAACCGCCGGAGGGACAGAGAACUAUAGAAAUACCCGAGCAUGCUGCCCAGGCAGACUACCUAAUAGCAACCUUUAAAGCUACUGACGCAGAUCCUGGUGAAAAUGGCCGUGUAUCGUAUUAUCUGAAGAUCGAUAAUCGGAACGUAAACGAGACUCAGGAGUUCAGUCUGGAUUCUCAACUCGGGCAGCUCAGGACGAAGACAUUCCUCGACAGAGAACUGCAACCGGAAUAUCAACUUGUGAUAGCAGCGGUAGACAACGGCACUCCAGCUCAAUUCGAAACCCUGCGCCUUAUCACCGUAGUCCUCAUCGAUGAUCAAGACAAUGCCCCAAUAUUCGCGACUCAUCACCAUUACUUCACAGUAGCAGAGAAUUUGCCAGCGGGCAUUAUUAUUGGUACAGUUAAGGCCACAGACAAGGAUAGCGGUGACAACGGCAAGGUGUAUUACCACGUCUUGGAAGGUAAUCAAGAUGGCGGCUUUACACUGGACCGGACGCAAGGCAUUCUGCGAGCAAAUGUAUCUUUUGACAGAGAAAAACGAGAUGAAUAUACAAUGACGAUAUACGCAAGCAACAACCCGUUAUUAGAGCACGCGGCUGCCAUCUUGAACUCCAUAGAUAACAGCACUGACAGCCAAGAUGGCGGCGUUACCAUGGUGACUGUGAAGAUUCUAGACGAAAACGAUAACGAACCGAAGUUCGAGCGAAAAGUUUAUUAUGCUGGAGUAAAACAUACAGCGCGCAUCAAGGAGCCCAUUAUCUCGAUUGUAGCGUCAGACCCUGACCUUGCCGAGAACGGAACCCUGAUCUACAUGGUGGCCGCGUCCAACCUUUAUAAAUUUGGAGAUGCGCAGUCUAGUGGAAGCAUUGUGCCGUCACCCUUCAAUAUAACACAAGACGGUAUAGUUAUGACCACCCAGUUCAUGUCAGAGUACAACCAGGAUAGGUUCGUGCUGGACAUCAUCGCGCAGGAGAUCGCACCGCCACACCGACAGGCGAAGACGAAACUUUAUAUUUGGAUAAUAGACCGGUCGUCUUUAAUUCGCAUGGUGGUAUCAAGAAGUUGCAGCACCAAUAUGGAGGGAGUGGAACGACGACUGAGUGAGGCCGGGGACAUGUUAGUAGUGACAGACAGACGGGUGCCCCUCGUGCAGGCUGACAGACGUGUUGAUGAUUGGUGUGAAAUUCACUUCCACGCGGUGGAACCGAAGAGCUGGCAAGUUUUACCCGUGGAAAGGGUUUUGGAGAACGUGGACUCCAAAUACGAUCAGCUAAAAGAUAUCUACCAGCAGUACGGCGUAGAGACGCUGAUUGCUAGUGUUGCUUCUAAAGCUCCAGAUAGCUUCGACCCAGCACUGGCAACACUGAUAGCUCUACUCAUUGUUCUGUUCAUCGGGAUCGUAACCUUUGUCGUCGUCUGCUCUUGCUUAAAACACUGGGUGAUUCCACCACCAUCAAUCCAGUCAAGCAAAGGUGACAGCCUGGCGCGGAGACGGAUUCUGGAGGAACUGAGCACCACCGAGAACCCGCUAUGGCUGGAGACCAAGCUGCGGCCAUAUGAAGAGCAGGAGCUCACCAUGAACGUGUUUGGAGACCAGAAUGAGCCGAGCGAGCCGCUGCCGGACAAUACAUACGCGACCAUCCAGGGCGCGCCGGGUAGCACACGAUGCGGAGAGUACGCCACACUUGGGAGGGAAUCACCCUCGCCGCUCGAAGUGGCACUAGGCUUCCAGGGUAGUACAUUCAAACCACUAUCAGCUGAUACUCCGGAGCCGCCUCCCAGACCGGCUGGUCUACCGUCACUAUGAUAGUUUUAAGUACCAUAUCCUAUACAACACCGGUUUACAAAAGUAUUGCUAUCUGAUUAAUUAUUAAUGCUAAAACUAGUCACGAAUGCUACAAAGAUAUUUUGGUUUUCUGAGGGCAAUUUAAUAGUUAUAUUUCAACAGGGUUAUUAAACCGCUCACAAACAUGUUAAGGUUGGCUCACAAACAUGCUAAGUUUGCCUCACAAACAUUCUUAGGAUGUCUCAAACAUGUUAAGGUUGUUUUACAAACAUAUAAGAAAGAACUCACUAGUUACUUUGUUGAAAAUAAUAUUAAUUUUGAAUGAACUGGUCAGAGUAUAUUAAUAUUGGAAGAAUAUUGAAAUAGAACAUUGAUAACCAAUAGGAGAAUACCGGGACUGUAAGUUGUUGAAGGCCUCAAUACACCCGAUUUGUGAGAUCUCUCAUAUUCCCGAGUGAAUACACACUACACUUUAGUAUGAAAAUUAACAAGAUAGUAUUGAAAUUUUGGCUAUUAGAUACGAAAUAUUUAUUCUAAAAAUUAAAAGAAGAAAGUAGCUUCAAUUUUUCUGAAAACCAUAAAAAAAAUUAUACAAGGGUGUCAAAUAAUUUGUAGAUUGUCAGUAUAUAACAACAAUAGAAAUGAUGAAUUUUCGGCCCAGUUUUCACGACAAUACAAAUGGAAUUUUCGAGAAAGUGUAGUUUAACCGGUGUUAUAUAGUUGUUGUAAAUAUUCGCCAUAUCGUUGCAUGUUGGUGGCGUGCUACAUACAGUGUUAAGUUUAAAAUUAUUUGGUAAGGUAUGCACUAAACUCUGAAGUAGAAAUAUUAUUGGUUGUUUUAUUUUGUGGUAUCAAACUGGUUGAUGUUGCAGACAGACACAAUGUAGUACGCUCUCAACGUUCAUAUUGUACAUACGAUGAUAUUAUAUAAGAUAUGCAUAAGUUAAAAUAUAGUAUUAUCGCUUACAUAUAAGUGCCGAUUAGAUUUAAUCAAAUUUGACACACUCAUACAGUGUUUCAAAAUGUAACGAGUCUGAAAUUAAAUAUUAGAGCUAAACAUUAUUAUUAUUUAUCAAUGGCUAAUGUGCUGUUGGAAUGAUAAAAUAAAAAAAAGGAUUGUGUGGUUUUAUGAAACCACGGACAAAAAAGUUUGAGAUGACGUAAUAAAAGUUUCACUUUAAUUAGGAUAUGUUCCUCUACUCUACAAUAACUUAUAAUUUUAGGUCAGUUAACUAAAGGUCUGAACAACAUAUUCCAUUUUGCGUAGUGUAUGUAAAUAUACAGACACGCCGAGAGAGAGAUUUUUCUUUUCCUCGAAAUAGCAAACAAAUACAAAUUACAUAUUACGAUACAAAUAAUUCAUAUAGUGAUCUUAUUAAAAUGUAGUAAGAUAUCUUAUAGCGUACACUAUUUAGAUAUAUUAUGUACAAUGCUUAUUCAUUUUGGUGAGAUUUAUUACUGCUUCGCGGCAGAAAUAGGUGCCGUUGUGGUACCCAUAACCUAGCCGGCUUCCUGUACAAAGGAGCCUCCCACUGGUAAAUUGUCAUAUUAUAUAUUUGUUUAGACUCGUUACAUUAUGGACUGACAUAUUGUUGUAAUUGAUAUUAUACGAAUCUCUUUAAAUAAGCCAUGUUUUAAUAAUAAAAUGCUCAAACGCCAUGUUAUAAAUUUUUCGAUUUGUAGACGGGGGAUGGAUGGGCAAAUGGAUUUAUUGUUGUUUUUUUUUGUUGUUUUGUAGGCUUAAUGCUUGCCAUAAAAUAAAUAGAUAUUGAUAGCAAAUAUUCAUGACAGACAGAAAUGCAAUGGUGACCAUUUUUCAUUCAAACCUAUUUUUCUGUAGAGAUCUCCAAAACAAUUGUAUUUUAUGGAAGUUGUGAUUUAUUUAAUAAGUAUGAAAUUAUGAUUGAGAUGGUUUUCCUAUCGAGUUUGAAAUACUGUAAACCUUUUCACAUAUUUUGCUUUAAAAGGCAUAAAAGGCAUUUAUUUUCACAAAACUGAUUCCUUUUUGAUAUCAUUUCUAAUAUACUAGACACUACUACUGCUUCGGAAAGUAAUGGCACUCUGAGAGAGAAGAAACGGCGCAAGAAACUCUCCCAGCAUUUUUACGCUCUUUUUAUUCAAAUUUACAAUAUUGUACUGUCAUUGCUUUUGCUAUAAAAUAAUCAUAAUCUAGUCCCAGGCUGUCCGAUCACUUAGAUAUUCAGCUGUGGAGUAAUAUGAUUUAUGACAGAGUAAUUUUUUACUACAACAUUUAAAUUUAUUUUUAGAUAAUGCCUGAACAGUGGCUGGGACUUUAUUAUAAAAGUGUAUACAUUUACUCUUAAAGCUAUUAUGUAUCUUACGAAGCCUACUAGAAUCAAUAACAGCUACUUUUUAUUUCUCGGCAAUAGAAAUUUUAAGUAUUCAAUUGAGUUAACAAUCAAUAAGCUUAAAGAUGUGUGGAAAUAACUGUCGACUUGCUACACGCUAACUCGAUUUGUGAUUUAAGUUUAAAGUAAAUAAUACUAAUAUAAAGUCAUAUUAUCUAGUAUUACGUAUUAUAAGUUGUACAAACUAUUAAACAGUGUAUUUCAAUCAUGAAUAGGAAAUUAUUUUUAUACAAUUUUGUAUUGUUUUUACAUAAUGAAAUAAAAUAAUGUAUUGA